GACGCUAAGUUUUCACAAGGAGGAGCCGGCGGAGUACCUCUUCGUUGGCACGGACUCGAGCACCUGUAUAGGUUCGCAGCUCAAGUCCGAGAGGUGCCCGCUCACGGAGGCGUGCACGCCGGACUGCCAGCCCCGGGACUGCGAGCUGGGAGACUGGAGCGACUGGAACGAGCCGACCUGCGUGGGGCUGUGCGAGAG